UGCUUCGCUCCCCGGCCUUUUGCCAGCACAGCACACCGACGCCGUAGGAGCCGUAGCCCCGCCCGCGUCCCGCCGCCGUCGCCGACCCGCCUGGGCUUCCGGAUGACAUGAUGCGGCGCUGCGGGUGGCUUUCGCUUCUCUGCCGCCCCCGCCGGGGUGGCCGCGCCGCCGUCUUGCCGCCGCCCAACCCAGAUCCACCGCCUCCCCAGCCCAAGGGAGAGGAGAAUCACAGUGCUCCUGACAAAGUUAUCAUGGAGAACAUUCUACCAAACGGUGAUUUUUCUGAAGAUCUCUGUUUAUGGCAUUCUAACGGUUGCCAUGCGUUUGUUGCCGUUGAAGGGUCUGGUUACCAUAAUGGUAUAAAGCCACAUUCAGGGUCUAAAUAUGCUGUAGUUACUCAUCGCACACAGACUUGGCAAGGGCUUGAGCAGGACUUAGCAAACAUUAGUGCCGGUACCGAAUAUAUUGUUACUGCCUAUGUUAGAGUUCAUGGGGAAUUUCAUGAGCCUGUUGGAGUCCAGGCCACGCUAAAACUUGAGGGGGAGGGGUCUCCUACCAACUACCAUUCCGUUGCAAGGAUUUUGGCCUCACAAGAAUGCUGGGAGAAGUUGGAAGGUUCGUUUGAGCUUACAACUAUACCAAGCCGCUUGGUGUUUUAUCUUGAAGGUCCCCCUGCUGGUGUAGAUUUGCUCAUAGAUUCAGUUACCAUUUCCUGCAAGAAAGCAGAGAGCAAGACUUCUUCAUUGAUUGGUGGAACAGCAAACAUCAUUUUAAAUUGUGAUUUUUCAGAAGGCCUUCAUUCAUGGCAUCCUAUCUGCUGCCACGCGUAUGUGGCAUCACAAUGGUCCGGUUUCCUUGAUGGUAUUAGAGGGGACUCAGGAGAGAAUUAUGCUGUUGUUUCAAAGAGAACUGAACCCUGGCAAGGUCUCGAACAAGAUAUUACAGAUAGAGUAUCUGCUGGUACAGUUUAUGCAGUUUCGGCGCGUGUUAGAGUUGAUGGGAAUAUCCAUGGCAAAGCUGAAGUCAAAGCAACCCUGAGGUUGCAAAAUCCAGAUGGAUCAACACACUACAAUCCUAUUGGAAGAGUAUUAGCCUCAAAAGAGAAGUGGGAGAAGUUGGAAGGUUCUUUUUCUUUGACAAAUAUGCCAAAGUGUGUGGUUUUUUACCUUGAAGGGCCUCCUGCUGGGGCGGAUCUUAUUAUUGAUUUUGUUACUAUUGCUAGGUCUGAACAUAAGCAGCCAAAGGAAGUAAAAUCAAUAAGUGGAAUCGAGACUAUUAUCAAGAAUCCUCAGUUUGAAGAAGGGUUAAGCAAUUGGUCUGGACGAGGAUGUAAUAUCUGCAGGCAUGAGUUCACUGCAUAUGGGAAUGUAAAGCCCGUAAAUGGCAGCUACUUUGCUUCAGCAACUGGACGGGUUCACAGUUGGAAUGGCAUACAGCAAGAUAUCACAGGCAGAGUGCAGAGAAAAGUUUCUUACGAGAUUAGUUCUCCUGUUCGCAUAUUUGGCAGUGCUAAUGAGACUGAAGUUCGGACUACUUUGUGGGUACAAGAAUAUGGCCGUGAGCAAUAUCUAUGCAUUUCGAAAAACCAGGCCUCUGAUAAGCGCUGGACACAUUUGAAAGGAAAGUUUAUCCUUCAUGCUCCCUUCUCCAAAGUUGUCCUCUUUAUAGAGGGGCCACCAGCAGGAAUUGACAUCCUUGUAGAUGGCCUUGUCCUAUCUCCUGCAAGAAAACUUGAUGCUGCUCCACGCCCAAAAGUUGAGAAUGUUCUGUAUGGAGCUAAUAUCAUGCAGAAUAGCGCUUGCUCUCGCGGGCUUGCUGGGUGGAGUCCAAUGGGUUCAUGUCGAUUGAGUAUCCAUACCGAAUCACCCCAUAUGCUAUCUUCCAUCCUGAAGGACCCCUCGAAUCAGAAACAUAUAAGUGGUCGUUAUAUCCUUGCUACAAACCGCACUGAUGUGUGGAUGGGCCCUUCUCAGGUGAUAACAGACAAGCUAAAGCUACACACUACUUACCGAGUCUCUGCCUGGGUACGAGCUGGCUCUGGAGGAAAUGGCCGUCACCAUGUCAAUGUUUGUCUUGGUGUAGAUGAUCAAUGGGUUAAUGGUGGGCAAAUAGAAGCUGAUGGGGAUCAAUGGUAUGAAAUCAAAGGAGCAUUCAAGCUUGAAAAGAAGCCAUCUAAAGUUAUUGCAUAUGUUCAGGGUCCCCCUCCGGGUGUUGAUAUCCGAGUCAUGGGUCUCCAAAUUUAUCCAGUUGAUAGGAAAGCACGUUUUGAAUAUCUUAAGGACAAAUCAGAUAAGGUAAGGAAGCGUGAUAUUGUUCUAAAGUUCCAAGGAUUAGAUGCUGCGAAUGUUUUUGGUUCAGCUCUUAGGGUACAACAGACUGAGAACAGUUUUGCAUUUGGAUCAUGCAUAAACCGAAGUAACAUCGAGAAUGAGGAUCUUGCUGAUUUCUUCGUGAAGAAUUUUAAUUGGGCUGUAUUUGAGAAUGAACUGAAGUGGUACUGGACAGAGGCGGAACAAGGGAAGAUAAAUUAUAAAGACUCUGACGAGUUGCUUAAAUUCUGUCAGAAACAUAACAAACAAGUUCGCGGUCACUGCUUAUUCUGGGAAGUGGAAGAUUCAGUGCAGCCAUGGCUUCGAUCACUGCAUGGACACCACUUGAUGGCUGCUGUACAAGGUCGUUUACAGAGCCUGUUAUCAAGGUACAAAGGCCAGUUUAAACAUCAUGAUGUAAACAACGAGAUGCUUCAUGGAUCUUUUUAUCAAGAUAGGCUUGGAAGGGACAGCAGAGCUCACAUGUUCAGGGAAGCCCAUAAGCUUGAUCCUUCAGCAGUCCUCUUUGUCAAUGACUACAACGUCGAAGAUGGGUGCGAUUCGAAAUCCACCCCAGAAAAGUUUGUGGAGCAGAUUGUCGAUCUCCAAGAACGGGGCGCCCCAGUUGGUGGGAUCGGCGUGCAAGGUCAUAUCAGCCAUCCAGUGGGAGAUAUCAUCUGCGAUUCUCUAGACAAGCUAGCUAUACUGGGUCUCCCUAUCUGGAUUACUGAACUGGAUGUCUCGGCGGAGAACGAACACAUCCGAGCGGAUGAUCUCGAGGUGUGCCUCCGUGAAUGCUUCGCCCAUGCCGCUGUGGAGGGGGUGGUCCUCUGGGGAUUCUGGGAGACGUUCAUGUUUCGGAAUCAUGCUCACCUGGUCGAUGCUGAUGGAACAAUCAACGAGACCGGCAGAAGGUACCUUGCCCUGAAGCAGGAGUGGUUGACCAAAACCGAUGGUGACAUCGAUCACCAUGGGGAGUUCAAAUUCAGAGGCUACCAUGGGUCAUACACCGUAGAGGUAGCGACGCCCUCGGGGAAGGUGACCCGAUCAUUUGUUGUGGACAAGGAGAACCCUGUGCAGGUGGUUACCUUGAACAUUUAGCUUGUAUCAAAUGAAGUACGUUCUACACUCCAGCAGUGUGCACUGUACUGAGACUUUUCGCUCUGAUGCGUUUGAUGCCAUAUCUUCACAGUUUAUACCUUAUAUAUGUUGCAACGGGAGAAAGAAAGUUCCUUCUAUGUCUUUAGCUUAUGGACCCGUGCGUUGCAACAUCAUAAGAGGAGAAAAUGCUUAAUUUAUAAUUUCGCUUUCUUUUUCUUGUAUACAGUAUAUCAUAAGGGAUAUGGACAAA